AUGACGCAGAGGGUCUCAAUUCUGUCCAGCCAGCGUCGUCGCCGUGACCUGAGCAAGGCCUUUCUCCUCCUAUCGCUUGUUCUUGUUUCGUCUCUCCACGCGGCGUUGGCCUAUCGCUUCUCCGCGGGGCUCCGCGCGGACAAGCUGCGCGGGAUGAUGCGCGGAUGGGCGCGAGGCGGAAGCUCGACCGGCCAGCCGCAGCAGCAGCAGCAGCAAAGCGGCGGAAUCAGUGAAAGCGGUAUGGGCAGCGGCGGAAUGGGUGGUGGCGGAAUGGGUGGCGGCGGAAUGAGCGGCGGCGGAAUGGGAGGCGGCGGAAUGGGUGGCGGCGGAAUGGGUGGCGGCGGAAUGGGCGGAAGCGGCAUGGGUGGCGGCGGAAUGAGUGGCGGUGGAAUGGGUGCCGGUGGAAUGGUUGGCGGUGGAAUGGGCGGAGGCGGAAUGGGCGGCGGCGGAAUGGGCAGCGGCGGAAUGGGCGGUGGCGGAAUGGGCGGCGGCGAAAUGGGCGGCGGUGGAAUGGGCGGCGGCGGCACGGGUGGCGGCGGAAUGGGCGGCGGCGGAAUGGGCGGCGGCGGAAUGGGUGGCGGCGGAAUGGGCGGCGGAGGGAUGGGUGGCGGCGAAAUGGGCGGCGGCGGAAUGGGCGGCGGCGGAAUGGGCGGUGGCGGAAUGGGAGGGGGCAUGGGCGGACCUGGUUCCUCUGCUCCCGGAUCGCAAUCAGCCAUGGAUCCUGGAAGAAACAAGGGUGGCGACGGAAUGGGCGGCGGCGGAAUGGGUGGCGGCGGAAUGGGCGGAGGCGGCAUGGGUGGCGGCGGAAUGAGCAGCGGAGGAAUGAGUGACAGCGGAAUGGGCGGCGGCAGCAUGGGUGGCGGUGGGAUGGGCGGAGGCGGAAUGGGCGGCGGCGGAAUGGGCGGCAGCGGAAUGGGCGGCGGCGGAAUGGGCGGAGGCGGCAUGGGUGGCGGCGGAAUGAGCGGCGGAGGAAUGAGUGGCGGCGGAAUGGGCGACGGCAGCAUGGGUGGCGGUGGAAUGGGCGGAGGCGGACUGGGCGGCAGUGGAAUGGGCGGCGGCGGAAUGGGCGGUGGCGGAAUGGGCGGUGGCGGAAUGGGCGGCGGCGGAAUGGGCGGCGGCAUGGGCGGACCUGGGUCGUCUGCUCCCGGAUCACAAGCAGCCAUGGGUCCUGGGGGAAACAUGGGCGGCGGCGGCAUGGGUGGCGGCGGAAUGGGCGGGGGCGGAAUGGGCGGUGGCGGAAUGGGAGGCGGCGGAAUGGGCGGCGGAAUGGGCGGCAGAGGCAUUGGCGGCGGAGGAAUGGGUGGGUCAGGGUGGGUUGCUCCAGGGUCGCAGGUAGCACCCGGCCAGGGUGGACCUGGGAUGGGCGGAGGGAUGGGCGGAGGGAUGGGGGCAGGGAUGGGGGGAGCUGGGGGCAACAUGGGAGGCGGGAUGGCUUUGGUGCAGCAGCACGCUCACUGGUGCAUGGGCGCUGAUGCAUCAGUAUAG